AUGUUUCUUAUACGCCACACAAACAAUGGAAACCAACAGGUAGGACCGCAGUUCCCUCCAUAUCUUCCUGCGACAAGAUUGCGUCGACAAGAAAACAACAGCAGCUUUGGUUCUCAAAUUUCUUCAUGGUGGCGAUCGCUACUAUCCAGAAGAAGGGCGCGGGUGACUGGAACAGUGUUUUAUUCCUACGAGCCUUUUAUGACCAAUUAUCAGCGUUCAAGAGGUAAACAUUUACCCAUGAGAGUAAAAGUAUACGAUGCCAUAAUAAGAAACGACCUUGGUCUCCUAAGAGAAUUGCUACAAGACGAGGAUUAUGAUCCCAACAAACUGACCAGUUUCUCGCCCGAUGAUACAGAGGACUCCUUGCUGCCAGUCAUGCAGACCCUGCCACUGCACGUGGCCUGUAUUUACCGCCGGCCUGACGCCAUGAAAAUGCUUCUAGAGCAUGGAGCAAAGGUGGACACAGUGGAUUGGGCUGGACGAACACCCCUAGAGAUGGUCAUCGUCUACUGGCCGCGUGUUCCGUGCGAUGAGGAAGUGGACCCAAAGUCCAGCGACGACCAGUUUCAAACAUAUCUCCGAGAGCAACACAUGCUGAGUAUCAACUGCCUGAGGCUCCUGAUGCAAUACGGGGCCGACAUACAAGCUAAAGUAUCUAGGCCUAUUCUGAACAGACAUGGACAAAGCUUUCUCCACUGCACGGCUCAAAACACCUUGCCCCUGGCGGCGGAAUGGCUCAUCCGAUAUGGAGCUGACAUCGAGGCCAGGGACGCUGAAGGUCGCACCCCCUUAAUCACUGCCGCCAAACUCCCCUGUCUGAAGGUGGCAGAACUCCUGAUGAGUCUAGGGGCAGAUCCCAGCGCGCAGGAUAACCACGGCCACGCCCCUCUGCAUUAUCUAGUCUACAGAGGCCGGGAUCAUCUGAUCCGCCUCGCGCUGGAGCUGGGCGCCGACCCAAACGCAACUAAUGAUGACCAGUUAACCCCAUUGCACGUGGCGGCAGAAAUUGGAAAUUCACAGGCAGUAAGGGUGCUAUUACUGUACGGCGCCAACCCAGAUAUACGAGACAAAAAAGGACGGACCGCCAUCUUCUGUAUCCUUGAUGACGUGGUGAACGCAACUGACGGCGCGAGGCUGGGAAUCAGUCUUCUACUUAAAGAAACUCUUUAUAUGAAAGUCGUAGACAAAAAUGGAAACUUGGCCAAACUUUUGAACAACCCGCGCCUCGUCCAUCUCCGAGACUCUUUAAUUCAGUACACACGCGAACCCCCAACGUUGCUCAAAAUAUGCAGAAUGAAGAUACGGCGGAGCAUAGGCCUCAGGAAUAUUAGCGCCACAAAUGUUGCUGUGCUGCCAUUGCCGACAGCUUUUAAAAGAUAUAUUUUCUCUCCUUGGUGUGCAUACUGCAGGAGGUGUGAGUGUUAUCGACCAAACCACCCAAAAACUAAAGCAAGGGAACUACAUUUAAGAAUACCGGCUCCUUAAAGAAAAUUCAGUGUGGAAUGUGCUGAAUUGCUAGGUCGCUUAAUACGGUCGUCAAUGUACAGUUAACGAUGUAUAUUUGUUGCACUUUUACCAUUUUGUGUCAGACCUAA